AUGUUACAAACGUCGAUAAAACUGUUGAGCAGCCACAACAGAUGGUUGAAAAACAAGGUUGUGGAAGAAGUUCACGUAGAAGAGCUGAAGAUCGAACAACCACCUCAAGCCAUGGAACCCGAGAAGAGGCAGAACGUCAAGCUGAGCUCGAACGGCAACAAAUCGCUGCCGAGGAGGAAGCCAGCGUCAGCUAGAGAAGGAAGAGUGCCUUCGCAAGCUGGAAGAGGAAACCAUCCGCUUGGCCAAGGACUUGAUGAGGAACGUAUGCAGCAGGCUAUCCAGGAGGCGCCAAAGCGCGAGGAAGCCGAGAAGAAGGCCCACGAGAAAGCCGAACGGCAGCGCGUCGAGAUGGCCGAAAGACUUAGGAAGGAGGAGAAGGAGCAUGGAGAGCAGUGCAGGCCAUCAUGUCCCGAACGCUGGCCAAGGGAAGCGCCAACGACGCAGUCAGAGGAAAACAAGGACAGCGCCAUGAGCUAG